AUGGCUAAUGACCGCAUUCGAGGGAAAAACGCCAAGCUGCUCUCCGCAUUGGCGGGCAUGACUGAAAUCCCGCCCGAGCUGAAUGACAUCAUCAAGGAUGUGGACAGCAAUGGAAGUGGCACGAUCGAUUAUACAGAGUUUUUGGCCGCCACGCUCGACAGGAAAAACUACAUCGCAGAAGAUGUUUGCUGGGCUGCCUUCAGGGUGUUCGACAAAGACGGCUCGGGUACCAUUAGCAAGGACGAGCUGGCUCAGGUCCUAAGCGACGGAGCCGUUGCCGCUGUCGCGCAAAAGGACAUAGCUGAGCUUUUAAAUGAAGUCGACCAAAACGGCGACGGCGAAAUAGACUUCCAGGAGUUCAUGCACAUGAUGCGAGCGGUCGAUGGCAACGGCGGCGGUCUCGGCGUUUGA